GAGGAUAGUACACGCUUCACAUCAGAAUAACGAUUCACAAAAUAGAUACAGGAGGUGAUUCUGUGAACAAUAUGCACGUGAAAUGGUUGCGAAACGUGUUUUGAGAAUCAAAAUCGAACUCUUGAGAAUGAGAUAAUCACAACAAUUCACAAAACAGAUACCGGCAGCAUUUCUAUGAAAGGAAUAGUAUCUAUUUAGUCUGAACAACAAAUUACGAGACGUGUUUGAAAAUAUCAAGGCAUAAGAUCUACUGAGGGUCAAUGCUAUAAAUGGUUAGGUCGUCAGCAUUGAGAUCAGUAUAUUAACAUUCAAGAACCAAUAGUAAGUAGCAACGAAUCUCACUCUUCUACUACUAGUUUUGUUGUGUCGCGUAUCUGGCGGCAGCGACGUGAGACGUAACGGCAACGCAUGAGCGACUAUCACGAUGGGCGCGCCUUCGUCAUCAGGUAAGCAGCGUAUUCUGCGACCCAGAGCACCAUUCGCCAGAUACCUACUGCUAGUUCUAGCUGUAUUUUACGUUGAAACCGGCUUGUGCGAUAUCAGUCGAACAUCGUGGUUUGGAAGAUCAGCGUCACCAUCUUCAGCGCAACCGCAGGCCAAGAGGCAAAGAACCGGAAGUGAGAAUUUCACGGGAAGAAGGACAAUGGUCGAAGCAGCGUUCGAUAACGCCGGCAAAACCGCCGGAGUCGAAAUCUGGCGGGUUGAGGAUUUCAAACCUGUGCGGUAUCCCAAGGACCAGUAUGGAAAAUUCUACACUGGAGACUCAUACAUAGUUUUGAAUACAAAAGUCAAUAAGAACGGACAGAAAUCUUAUGACAUCCAUUUCUGGUUGGGCAGCGAGACGUCACAGGAUGAAGCUGGGGCCGCAGCAAUUUUAGCUGUUCAGCUAGAUGACAUGUUGGAUGGAGUGCCAAUACAGCACAGAGAAGUGCAGGAUCACGAAUCCCAACUUUUCCUUUCUUAUUUCAAAGGAGGCGUCAGAUAUCUGCCAGGUGGUGUUAGUUCUGGUUUCCACCAUGUUGAUAAUAACGCGUUCGAGAAAAAACUGUUCCAAGUUAAAGGAUCAAGGAAUAUUCGUGUAAAGCAAGUGGUGCCAAGUAUUGCAUCUAUGAAUGAUGGAGAUUGCUUUAUCUUAGAUGUUGGCAGAAAGAUCUAUGUGUAUGUAGGCAAGAAAGCUAGACGUGUUGAAAAACUGAAGGCAAUAAAUGCUGCCAAUCAGAUCAGAGAUCAAGAUCAUGCUGGAAAGGCCACAGUUACUAUUGUUGGUGACUUUGAAGAAUUCUUCCAAGCCCUAGGAGAGGGUUCUAAGGGCAGCGUGCCAGCAGACAGUGUGGGUGCUGAUGAUCAGCAAUUCGAGUCAACCGAAGAACGACAAGUUGGACUUUACAGAGUAUCAGACAAAACCGGUUCUGUCCAGAUAACGCCAGUCUCUCGGAAACCCUUAGACGCCAACCAGUUGGAUCCUCAAGAUUGCUUUAUUUUGGACACCGGAGAUGCGAACAUUUACGUUUGGAUUGGCAAGCAAUGCGAUGAUAGUGAGAAAAGGGAGUCUAUGAAAAAAGCCGAUGAGUAUCUUAAGAAUAAGAACUAUCCGAAAUGGACCCACGUUGAAAGGAUCAUUCAGAAUGCUGAACCAGCUGCUUUCACACAGUAUUUCAGGUAA